GCUUCGUUAUAAAAUGCCGACAUCUCGUCCUCUCUUUCUCUUAUCUCCCCCAUUUCACUUUCCCCCCGUAUCCAACAUGGGAUCACCGAACGAGAAAGAGGUAUUACCAUCGAUCAUUCCACCCAAAGAGGCGGAACAGCCAAGGAAGAAGGGCCGAUUAGGGGUGUAUCGAUUCCUCAUUGGCUCCGCUACUUUCCUCUUCAUACAAUCUUUUCUCUACAUUUCUCCCUAUCCAAAGUUUUCAAUCUUUAACAAUCUUAUCGAGGAUAGCUCGUCUUCUACCAACAGUACUUGUCAGCAAGCUGAUCCUAUUUAUCCUAAAUCGUUCAACCCCUCUGAACUUGUCAAGGGCGAGAAGGAGCAGAUCAUUGAAUGGCUCAGUGGAGCAGUCAGAGUACCGACGGAGGUUUUUGAUGUAAUGGGUGAGAUUGGAGAAGAUGAGCGUUGGGAUGUAUUCUACAAAUUUUCCGAUUAUCUGGAGGAGUCUUUCCCCCUUGUACACAAGCAUUUGAAGAGAAAUAGGGUCGUCACUCAUGCUCUUGUCUUUGAAUGGGAAGGCUCCGACUCCUCCCUCAAACCUUUGUUGCUCACCGGUCACCAAGAUGUGGUACCCGUUCUUCCUGCUACCCGCGAUCAAUGGACCCAUGACCCCUUCGGAGGGGAGUAUGAUGGGAAGUACAUCUGGGGUCGAGGAUCCAGCGAUGACAAGUCUGGUACAAUCGGUGCUCUCUCUGCUGUCGAACUUUUGCUUAAGUCGGGAAAGUUUACGCCUCGACGGACUGUCAUUCUCGCUUUCGGCAUUGACGAAGAGACUGGCGGCAAGGUGGGCGCACUCAAUAUUGGUCAAUGGUUGGAAGAAAAAUACGGCAAGGACUCUAUGGCGUUGUUGGUUGACGAAGGUAACGGUAUUGAGUCUGCAUGGGGACAACUCUUUGCGGCCCCUGCAGUGGGCGAGAAGGGCUACAUGGAUCUUGAGCUCAAGGUGGAAACCCUCGGUGGCCACAGCUCUGUCCCUCCUGCUCACACCGGUAUUGGUUAUAUCUCUCUUCUCAUUGCGGCUCUUGAGCGCCACCCUCACAAACCUUACCUCAACCCUUCCUCUCCCCUCGUCAACUUUAUCUCCUGUGCAGCCAACUCACCCGCCCACAUCCCUUCCCAUCUUGCCAAGGCCAUUCACAAGGUGGAGAACUCUCUCAAGCACGGCGAUGGUAAGAAAGUGAACAGGAAGGCCUUGAAACAGGUCGAGGAUUGGUGGGUUACUGGCAGCUAUGAGGAUGGGACGUUGGGUAAAGGAAUGGGUAAAGCCAUGGUGUCUACUACCCAGGCAGUUGAUAUCAUCAAUGGUGGUCUGAAGGUCAACGCUUUGCCUGAAAGUGUCGUCGCCAUUGUGAACCACCGAAUCAACUUGGCCUCAUCCGUCGCCGAACUCCAGCAACAAAUCACAGACGUCAUCGCCCCUGUUGCCUCCAAGCUCAACCUUGCUGUUGAAGCUUUCGGUCAAGAGAUACAGCCCCACGGACACGGAUGCCAUUUCUCCAAGAAUGACGGCCCUAAGGCUGGCAAGGUGAUCCUCAAUGUGGCAUUCAACUCCAGCCUUGACCCUGCUCCCGUCUCCCCGUUCACUGUGGAAAGCCCUGCUUGGAGGUUGUUGUCUGGAACCGUGAAGGGUGUUUAUGCUACAAGACCUGGUGCUGAGGAGACUGAGGCUGGGAGCGAUGAGAUUAUUAUGGCGCCCUCCAUCUCGACUGGUAACACCGACACUAAGCGAUACUGGAACCUUACCAAGAAUAUCUACCGAUUUGCUUAUCAGAUCGUGGGCCCUGGGUUCAAUAAUGUUCACACCAUCGACGAGCACAUUGAGGCCGACGUCUUCAUUGAGCAAGUCCGAUGGUUCAUGAACUUCAUCGUCAACGUAGAUGAGAGCGAUGAAGUUUGAUUCAUAAAUAUUAAAUUAUGUAUGAUGGGAAAGAUUCGACAGAAGAAAUAUUUACAAAUGAUAGUACAACAAAGAACGAC